AUGAAACAAAUUAAGGUGAAAAAUUUAGAUUUUCAACAACCACUACCCAGUAUAUUAUCUUAUCACAAUAAUAAUAUUCAUAAUCCUAAUCGAUUGAAAAAUUCUGUUCAUUGGAAAAAUUCAUUAGUCACUUAUCAUUCUUAUAUUGUUAAUGAAUCAUCGUCUUAUUUUCAAGAUCAUAAAUAUGAAUGGUAUUCAAGAUCUCAUCCAAAUUAUAAUAUAAAAACAUUUUGCACUAUUCCCAUUGUACCACGUAAUUCUACUACGCAACUACCAUAUACUGUUGAUACACUCUAUUGUUUUGAUAUUGAAAAAAAAUCACCCGUUACUGAACAACAAAAAUUGGAAAUAAAAGAUUAUUUUAAAUCAUCAUUAUUUGCAUGUUUAACAUGUUUUUGGAUGAUUGGUGGAGUGGUAUGUCUAAUUCAAUCAUUACAUAUAAAACGUUUAAAAAAUAUUUGUGUAGAAGAAGCAUUACAAAAAUCAUAUCGUUUACAUACAAAUUUAAUAUUAACAUAUAUUUUUGGUGGUGUGACAUAUUUUAUUUUACUUAUGACUAUAUUCAUCUCAUUUUUUGUCGGUAUUAAAGGUUAUUUUGGUAAAUCAAUUUAA